AUGUCGAGCCAGCUUACUCACGGGGCCGUGGAGGCCAUGCACAAGGGCCAGCAGAUUCGAACGCCCUUGGUGCAGGUCAUUGAUGUGAAGAAAAUUCUCGGCCCAAAUGGGCAAGCCACAAGCCCCGAACGCUACCGAUUGGUGAUUUCGGAUGGCAUUCAUUUCCAGCAGGCCAUGCUGGCUACACAGCUGAACGAGCUCGUUAAUGAUGGUAAGCUGCAGCCCAAGUGCAUAGUCCGCCUCAACGAGUACAUUUGCAACACCGUACACGGCCGUCGCUUUGGCGGCCCGUCUCCCUCGCUUGCCGAGGGCACAAUGCCGAUCAAGGGCCUCAACCCCUACCAGAACCGGUGGACCAUCAAGGCCCGCAUCACUCAUAAGUCCGACAUGCGCCCCUUCAACAACGCACGCGGCCAGAGCUUCCUCUUCAGCGUCGAUCUGCUCGACGCCUUUGGCGGUGAGAUCCGCUGCACGUUCUUCGGCGAGGCUGCCACCCAGUGGAACGAUCAGAUCGAAGCCGGUCAGGUGUUUCUGAUCGGCCGCGGCAGCGUCAAGUACGCCAACAAGCGGUUCUCGACGCUCAAGAACGACUAUGAGAUCUCGCUCGACAAGAACGCGCUCAUCCAGCCCACCGAAGACGACCCGUCGAUCCCCUUCUACAAGUUCAACUUUGUCGAUAUCGCCGAUCUGGGUGGCCAUGCCAAGGACGAGACCAUCGACAUCCUGGGCGCCGUGCUCGAGAGCGGCGCGAUCCAGGACAUCCGCACCCAGGCCGGCAACGAGCUGCAGAAGCGCGUCGUCAAGGUGGGCGAUUCGUCCAACGCGCAGGUCGAGGUCACCCUCUGGGGCGAGCAGGCCGCCCAGUGGAGCGGCGACCGCGGUCUCGUGGUGCUGUUCAAGGGCGUCAAGAUCUCCGACUACAACCAGCGCUCGCUCACCGUGCUCCGCACCUCCAAGCUCGAGUUCGAGCCGCGCAUUCCCGAAGCCGACCGCGUGCGGGAGUGGUUCGAGACGGCCGGCCAGGGCGAAGUCGCCAGCAUGUCCCGCAACGACUUCAAGGGCCGCGGCGGUGGCGGCGAGGGCGGCUUCGGCGGCGGCGACAAGCGCCCGUGGGACGAGACGAGGAAGAGCUUCGCCGCGGUCAAGCAGGUGGCCUUUGGCGGCCAGGAGAGCGUCUACUUUAGCGUGCGCGCGACGGUGACAGAGAUCAAGCACAGCCGGGACCACCCGCCGUGGUACGAAGCCUGCCCGACCGAGAAGUGCAACAAGAAGGUGACGUCCGUCGGCGGCGCGUACCACUGCACCAAGUGCGGCGCCACCCACGACCACUACAAGCCGCGAUACGUGCUCAGCCUCAACGCCAACGACCACUCCGGCUCCUCGUGGCUCACCUGCUUCAACGACACCGCUUCGGAUGUCCUGAAUGGCACGACUGCGGACGAUCUGCUGGAGAUGCUGAGUCGGCCGCAGGGCGAGAGCCAGUACGAGGACGUGUUCCAGAAGGCCCUCUUCAAGUCCUACAACCUGCGCGUGCGGGCAACGCAGAGCGAGUACGAGGGCGAGAACAAGGUCAAGCUCAGCGUCGUCAAGGUCAUCCCCAUGGACUACGCCAAGGAGUCCAAGUUCCUCAUCAACUCCAUCGCCAAGUACAUCACCGCCUAA